CACCCGCAGCAGAGCAGAGCACCUCCACCGUCACCUCGCGCGCGCCACCAGCACGCCAGGACGCAUACGUACGUGCCCCGUUCUCCGCGCUCUCUCAUCUCGCUCUCGCCGAAACCGCGCCGCGCUUUCUCAUCUCGCUCUCUAUCUCCGUCCACGCCGCCGCGAUCGCCUCCCUCCCUCCCGGAAUUCGGCACGUUCACACCGGCCCCUAGCUCUAGCUACCAGUACAAAGCACCAGCCAGCCUUGCACGGCCACCCUGCUCUCCCCUGCUCGCUCCUCCCCUGGCACGCACUGUCCGCGAGGAGGCCUGUUUCUUGGCUGCCGCGGCGGCUCACCGUCACCGGAGCACGCGCGAGGAGCCGAGAGAUGAGCUGCCUGGGGUGGCUCAAGAGGAAGAAGGGGUCCAGGACCGGGAGGCGGGGCUCGUUGGCCUCGGCCCCGGCCACCACGAUGACGACCAUGACCACCACCACCACCACCACCACCACCGGGUCGGCGGUGAGCACGAGCCGGUCGGACGACUCCGGGGCGGGGCGGCAAACAACCAGCAAGUCCACGGGCUCCGCCUCCUCGCAGCCGAGCAUCUCCUCGCUCUACGAGGAGCGCGGCCACGGCCAGCUGCGCGCCUUCGACUACGACGAGCUCCGGGCCGCCACCAACGACUUCGGCCGCGCGCAGAAGCUCGGCGAGGGCGGCUUCGGCGGCGUCUUCAAGGGCUUCGUCCGCCCGCUCGACCCCAGGGCCGACCGCAUCGCCGUCGCCGUCAAGCGCCUCAACCAGCGCGGCCUACAGGGACAUAAGCAGUGGUUGGCAGAAGUGCAGUUCCUUGGGGUUCUUGAGCACCCAAAUCUUGUAAAGCUUCUCGGAUAUUGCGCCGUUGAUGGUGAAAGAGGGGCCCAAAGACUAUUGGUCUACGAGUAUAUGCCCAAUAAGAGCUUGGAAGAUCACCUGUUCAGCCGAAUUAAUCCUCCUCUCUCGUGGAAUAGAAGGCUUCAGAUUAUCUUGGGUGCCGCUGAAGGAUUGGCUUACCUGCAUGAAGGGCUUGAACUUCAGGUGAUCUACCGGGACUUCAAAGCGUCGAACGUGCUGCUGGACAAGGACUUCCAAGCAAAGCUAUCAGACUUCGGGCUCGCGAGGGAGGGGCCAACAGAAGGGAACACUCACGUCUCAACUGCGGCUGUGGGAACGCACGGGUACGCGGCGCCGGAAUACAUCGAGAGGGGGCACCUGACGGCGAAGAGCGACGUGUGGAGCUUCGGGGUGGUGCUGUACGAGAUCCUGACGGGGCGGCGGUCCCUGGACAGGAACCGGCCGCAGGGGGAGCAGAAGCUCAUUGAGUGGGUGCCCCAGUUCCCGCCGGACAGCCGCAACUUCCGCAUGAUCAUGGACCCCAAGCUCCGUGGUGAGUACUCCUCCAAGGCGGCCCGGGAGAUCGCCAAGCUCGCCCAGAGCUGCCUCCUCAAGAACCCCAAGGAACGGCCCGCCAUGAGCGAGAUCGUCGAGGUUCUCAGGCGAGCCGUGCAGACCGAGGUAGCCUCUGUGGACAAGGCACCCAGCGCCGGCAACGGGAAACGAGUGAACGUGGCACCGCCGUCGAGGAGGUGACUGAUAUAUGUUGCCAUGGAGAACUCCUUCUCCCUCCUUAACUCCUUUUAGGGGAGGUUGGCGUAUAGAAGCUAUGCGAACGUGAGUUUAGAUGAUGAUUUGAGUUGUCGGAUUGUUGAUAGUGUUUUCCCUCUUCUUUGGAGGCUCAUUUGACUGAAGAAUCAGUUACUGUGGCAUGCAAAUUAACCAGCCCAUACUUGAAUAGGAGUAGCAAACUUUACCUGUUGCUGUUGGAGGACUCAAUGCAGCCCAUAUAGUUGGAUAUCAUACUCUGAAGGUAUGACAUGCUUCUUCCUUC